GAUCCCAUGGCAUUUUCGUCAUUACCCUAUUUUCCGAUACCUAUUUUCGUCAUUUUAUCCCUCCUUCGUCUUUCUCCACCUUUCACUGCCACUCACACGCGCGCGCAUACCCUCUCUCUCCUCUGGAGCACUCAAAGAGUAAAGUUCUCUGCAUUUCACUCUCUCUCUCUCUCUAGAAAUGGGUAGUCGGAUCCAAUCCCACCAGCUGAGCAAUGGGUUGUACGUUUCGGGUCGACCCGAGCAGCCCAAGGAGCGGCCACCGACAAUGGCGGCGCGUUCUGUGCUUUACACUGGCAGUGGCGGCGAUAUCAAGAAGUCCGGCGAGCUCGGAAGGAUGUUCGACAUCUCCAUCGCCGACACGGCCUCGUCCCUGGGUCCUCCUCCGCUCGUUGUCGGCGGUAGCGGCGGAGCUAUCAGGCCGCCGCCGUCGCGAGUCUCCUCCGCCUCGUCGUCGAAUCCCAACAGUGGAUCUGUUCGAUCCGGAUCUAACUCGGGUCCAGUUCGGAAAUCGUCGGGACCACUCUCCCAGCUUCAGCCGACUGGUUUGAUAACCUCCGGUCCACUGGGGUCUGGACCAAUCGGAACUGGGUCUAGGAGGUCGGGUCAGAUGGACCACCAAGCGGGUAACACCGGGUCGGGCAAGCCCAAGUACGGGUCGGCAGUGACGAGUCUGAGCUCGGACCAGGUUCGAAUCGGGUUUAGGGUACCAAAGGCGGUUGUUUGGGCGGUGAUGGUGGUGGUGGCGAUGGGGUUGGUGGUCGGUGUGUUCAUAAUGGUGGCGGCGAAGAAAGUCGUGGUAAUGGCGGCGGUUGCGGCUGUGGUUUUUCCCGCCUUGGUGUGUUUGGUGUGGAAUUGCGUCUGGGGAAGAAGAGGGUUACUGGGUUUCGUUCGGAGGUACCCAGAUGCCGAGCUUAGAGGCGCCAUUGAUGGACAGUUCGUCAAGGUUACAGGGGUUGUAACAUGUGGAAGUAUACCAUUGGAGUCGUCCUACCAAAGGAUUCCAAGAUGCAUUUACGUGUCCACAGAAUUGUACGAAUAUAAAGGUUUUGGUGGAAAGUCCGCUAACCCAAAACAUCGAUGCUUCUCCUGGGGAUCUAGAUAUGCUGAGCGGUACGUGGCCGAUUUUUACGUCUCGGAUUUCCAAUCUGGAUUAAGGGCACUUGUAAAAGCAGGCUAUGGAUCAAAAGUUUCUCCUUUUGUCAAACCAGCAACCGUGGUUGAUGUAACAGCUCAGAACAAAGAUUUAUCUCCGAGUUUCCUAAGGUGGCUCUCGGACCGUAGUCUCUCAAGCGAUGACCGUGUUAUGCGCCUCAAAGAAGGAUAUAUAAAGGAAGGGAGCACGGUGAGCGUGAUGGGAAUGGUGAGGAGACAUGACAACGUGCUGAUGAUAGUUCCUCCGACUGAGGCUGUCUCCACUGGCUGCCAGUGGUGGCGCUGCCUCCUCCCUACCUACGCGGAAGGCCUCAUUAUCACCUGCGACGAUAGUCACAACGCCGAUGUCAUUCCCGUCUGAAUUUGGCCGUUGUCCCCUUCCACUCUCAUGUGAUUUUUGCUUGUCCAUAUCUAUCUAUAUUAAGUAUUAUAUAUCAUAAUUAUAACAAUAUAUGUAUAAGGUAGGCCUAAGGCUGAGGAAUGAGCUGAAGCCAGCAUAUGAUCAUCAAUUACUCUUGUGUUGUUUUUGCUCCCUAAGUGGGGUUGUGUUCUGUCUCUCUCUGUACAUUUUACCUCCCAAAAUGUAAAUGCUAUUUCAUAGUUUCUA